UUUCUCGCUUGAAAUUCUCGGUCGAGGAACCCUCUUCGUCAUUAUCCAUUUAUUCUUCGCGGAAUAAAAAGGGAAAAAAUAUAUGAAUUUCGACGACACGUUAUUCGCGGAAUCGGGGAAGAUGUGAUGUGCACGUAGGGAAUUCGCGAGAAAUGUCGGCAUUGCUGCUGCGUACCUCUCGUGCGUGCGUGAUCAGAUAUCACGGCGCGUUCGUCCGAGUCGGACUUGCCUCGUCGCCGCUCUGAACGUUCCGAUGCCAUUCGUCACAAUUUCCUCCGGAUAGGGAUCUCGAGUUCCUGCCGCCUCGCCAGGGAGAUGCGACACUCACGGCGAACGUAAGCACAGCUAAUUCGACGAGGACUCUCGGAGCAGGUAUAGCGAGGUGAUUGGUGUACGUAGAUCUUCGUGGAACGUUUAACUUCAAAGGUUAGACCUUCGCGAAACGGAGCUCGAGGGAGAGAGAGAGAGGGAGAGAAAGAGCAGGGAAUAGAAUAUAAUCGGCGAAUCACGAGAGAACGGUCGCGAGAUGGAUGGCAAAGUGGACGACGAGAAUCAGCGGAGCAUCAACGACGGAGACUGGGUCUGUCCUGACUCUCAAUGUGCCAAUGUUAAUUUUGCCAGACGAAAUUCCUGCAAUCGUUGUGGAAAAGACAGAAGUGAAUGUCCGAAGAAAAAAUUGGGUCAAGAAAUUGGAAAAGCAGCUGCGGAAAAAAGCAGAGGUCUCUUUAGCGCGGAUGAUUGGCAAUGUAAGUGUGGCAACGUCAACUGGGCUCGUCGGCAGCAGUGCAACAUGUGCAAUGCCCCAAAGUUCGGUGAGAUAGAGGAACGCACGGGAUACGGAGGUGGGUAUAACGACCGAGGAAUCGUUGAAUACAAGGAGAGGCGGGACGAGGAUGACGAAUACGACGAGUUUGGACGACGCAAGAAAAAACGGAAACUUGACAAGAAUUCCGACGACGAUUCUAAAGAUUCCAAGUACAGUAGCCCGUCGCGUAGUAAAUCUAGAGAUAAAGAAGAGAGAGACGAAGCGGACGAAGAGGAACAAGAAGAAAAUGUAAACGAGGAUGAAGAGGAAGAAGAGGAGGAAGAAGAGGAUGGCGAUUUAUCUAAAUAUGAUCUUAGCGAAUGGGAUGAUUUUGCAUCAGCGAAAAACAGUACGAACGGAAGUACCACGUCGUCGGAAGCGCAACGGUCAAGAAACGGAGAUGAUCGACGCGAUUCAGGCACAUCCAACCAAUGAAAGGCUGUACAGAAGGACAGGUUUGACUUGGGUUUCGGGUAUAAAAUUGAUUAUGAUGAUCAGUUGCAGACAGCAUACAAUGUGAUGAGUUUUGCUAAAUAAUGUAUAAUCCCAGAUCCUUAAGACUUAAAGUAUAAGCUUGCUUUUAUUGCGAUUAUAUCUUGAUAUAUCGCGUAAAGACAUCGAGUAGAGAUUAGCGUCGACUUAACGAAUUUCUAAGAAGCGCGAGCACGCUUCUCAUUCGAUGUGUGACUUUUUUGUUUUACAGGUUAACAGGAGACUCGAAAGAGACGCAACCAGUUCUCGGCAACUAAGAAAUAUACACAACGCAACAAGAUUUUAGUAAUUUAGUAUGCACCUUUGGAUAUAUAAAGUGCCGAUAAUACGUGACUUAUUACAAAGGAGUCGACUAACAAUAAGCUUUACAUUUAUAUAAUUGAGCUCAUUAGCUUCUCGUUGAUCCUAGGGAAGCAAAAUGUUAGGUCUCCUAUUUGCGCGGGUAUAAUCGUUGAUGAUCGUCUGACGAUUAGCAGAAUUUACGACAGACACACUUGGGCGCAAGUAGUAUGUUUUGCUAGAGUGAAAUACAAGAUUGAUAAUUCCAACAUGAAUCUAUAGAAGAAAUUAUACACAGCUCGUUUUACAAGCUAAAUAUGUGACGUAGAAAAAGAUCUUAACUCCUAUGUAAUAGAUGAUGUUUAACGCUCUGCGCAAGUCCCGUCGCCGCAGUGUUCUCUAAGAUUUCCCAUUACUUUUUAUCACAAACGUAAAAUAUGUCAAUGUGUCACUCUGCUUUGUAUUGCUCAAGCUGGCGAAAGGAAUCUAACUUUUUCUCUUUUCAUUCCCUCGUCUCUCUUUCUCUCUCAUUUUUUCAUGUCUAAUUUUAUCUAUGCGUAAUUUUAUUCAGAUUAAAUGAAUACAAUGUCGUGAAAUGUAAUAUUAUAUGUAUAUAAAGAACUUUCCAAACAUAACAGAUAUGUUCACGGAUUUUUUAUUUUCGAAAGAGAAAUGGAGAGGGAAGGAUACGUUCUUUUUGCUUCGACUAUCACAGAUUCGAGUAAAUUGAAAGGAAAAAGUAGUCUGUGCUUAUUCCUCGAGAGAAAGAGAAAUUAGAUUUUCCUUUUUUAUUUCAAAUCAGUCGCAUUUUCGUGAAUUUGUCGCAAACUCCGAAACUGGUCGUUAAUUCUAAAACGAUUAUCGAUCAAAUAUCGUACUGACUUCUUGUAAAUAUCUUUAUUUUUCAUUUAUAAUAAAAAUCAUUCAUCAACAACAUAA